CACUCUUAAGUAGUCUCCGUUUGUCUUAUCACUGAUGGCGAUGAAGGAGGAGGAUCUUGUCGUGAGAGGAAAAGAAGAAAUGAUUGGAGCUGAUGAUAGUCACAUUGAGUCAGAAACAAAGACUCUCGCUACCACUGUGUCUCGUCAGAUUCUACUCGUCUCUGACUCCACUGUUGUUGAUGAUGCUUGCAAAGAGACCGCUCUAACCUAUCUUGAAUCGAUUAAGACAGGAAAUGUUGGGGUUUUGUCUGAAGUUUCGCUUCUUCUUGUGGCAAAGGAAUGGCCUUUACAAGUUCGGAUCUAUGCUUCUAAGAUGCUACAGUAUUUGGUUAAACAACGGUGGGAUGAGUUAAGCUCCUCUGAGCACAUGAAAAUUGGUGAUGCAUCAUUUGAAUUGAUGUCUGAGGUAGCUGCUAAUCCAUGUGAAGAAUUUGAGAUGAAAAGUGAAACUAUCACUCUUGUUGCUGAGAUAUUUGAAAAGGAGGAAGAUCUGGAGAUGUGGCAGGAGUUGUUUCUCUCAUUAGUUUCCCUUUCCUCCAAAGGCCCUUUACAGGCAGAAAUGGCUUUGAAAGUGGUGAAGAGGCUUUCUGAGCAUCAUAUAGAUCAUAUUAAGGAGGAGUUGAAAGACAAUAAGCAUAGCCAUCUGUUGCAGGGGCUUCCUGAUAUCUUGGUUUGGUUGCAUGAUCUUCUUGAAAAACACUUUGGGGAUGCAAGGAACGCAGAAGGGAGGGGGAAGGUUGAGCUGGCUAAACAGCAUUCAGAUGUAGUUGUUGCUUGUUUGAAUGCCAUCAACUCACUCACAGAAUGGGCUCCGGUUCCAGAUUUUGCUGAAUACAAAAUUGUUGACCAGUGUGGAUCCUUACUUUCUUCUACUGAGUUCUGCCGUCUUGCUUGUAUGUUCGUCAAACUUAUCUGCUCAAGAGAAAGACCCACUGAUGCUUCUUCUGGUGCUGAAUUUGAUUCUACAAUCUUACGUAUCUGUAAAACGAUGGUCGCUCUAGGCUCCUCAAACUUGAAGUGCAUCUUCACAGAUAGCAGUGCCAUAGCUCUUUAUCUGAAACAGAUGCUCGGUUUUUUCGAACACUAUAAGUUUGAUCUUCACUACGAGUCACUGUUCUUCUGGCUGGGGUUGAUGGAUUAUUUAACCUCAGACCUCAAUGCUCCUAGUUAUCCACAUAAAAAGGGAACGGCAAGCGAGGUUUUCACGGGACCGGCAAGCGAGGUUUUCAAUAGUUUUAGACACCUAGAUGGCGGAAAAAAAGAUCUUUUACUCCUUAUAGAUGAUGAUAUCGCCAGCAAGAUGCUGGAUGUUUCAUUCCAACGCAUGAACAAGAACGAGGAAGUCCUCCUUCCUGGAACAAACCUUUCCCUUGAGCCAUCAAAUUUUACACAUGAAGAGUUUUGCAAGUACCAGAAGAGGCUCUUUGUGUUGAUCAGACUCAUCUCUGCUCACAAGCCAAUCAUUGGUAGCACAAAACUAUCUUCAACAACGAUCAUGCUUAUUAAGAGUAUAUCGGUUCCUUCAGCGCCUUGUAUCCAGUAUGCUAUGAAGAGCCAGAGUACUGCUCUGGAGGGUGUUCUGCGUAGGCUCUACCGUGGAACCGAUGAGUUCGCUGGUGGUAGUUCCGAAGUUCAUUCUCAACUCCACGUGAUAUUUGAGGGCUUGCUUCAGGAGCUUCUUAAUGUAAACUGGACUGAACCAGUAAUUAUUCAAGCGCACGUGGACUAUCUAAACGCAAUGAUUCCUUUCGUCAAGUACUUUCCAGAUGCGCUUGGAAGUUUUAUCGACAAGAUGUUUGCGCUUCUUACCUCUCUUCCACCAGCAAGUAGACGUGCAAGAUUAUACAUCUGCUUAUCUUUGACUCGUAUAGCCAAAGCUGCUGACAAAAGCUUUACUCCUCACUUGAAGGGUGUAGCUGAUAAAGUGGCACGUUUGCAAAGAGAAGGAGCUUUCCUCCCUGGUGAGCAUAAGAGUCUUGUGGAAGGAUUUUCUACUAUGACUUCUGCGUCAGGAGUUCAAACGCAGCAGCAAGACAGUUUUGAAUUGUUACUAGAACCAGUGCGCCAACAAUGGACACAACCAGAGUGGCAAAACGAAUAUCUAUCUACUCCUUCUGGUUUUAUUCAGUUAUGUUCCAACGCACCUUUGAUACGGUCUAUUGUCAACACAGUCGCUGUCUUUGAGAACGCUCUCAAGGGAUGCAAUUUCAAGAAAAGGAAGUUAAACACGUUUGAGACGACUCAUCCUCUUGCUUGUCACCUCUCUUGGAUGCUACCACCUCUCUUGAAGCUCUUUCGUGUUAUCAACUCUCUGUCUUCUCCUGAGGUUUAUCAAACUUUACCCACAAAUCUCAAAGAAGCAAUGAAGAUAACGGAAGCUGAGUUACGUAGCCCCAAAAGAAACAAAAGCCGUAAACUAACUAAAGGCUUGUUUACUUAUUCUAGUCAAGGAAACACAUGUGAUAUUCGGAAUUGUCUGAGAGCUAUUCGUGAUAUCGGGUACCGUGUAUUGGAUCUCUCUGUAGCCAUGGGAGAGACAUUCUACACAUCCAUUGAUGCUAAUGAAGUUGCGGUGACAUUCACUGAGAAUAUAAGUUGGAUGGAGUUCAGACAUAUAAAGCAGCUUAUCAACUCCUUUGUAGGCGUUCUUGUCAAAUCAUGUCCUGCAGAUAUGUGGGAGUCAUUGCUUGUAGUGCUUCUAAGUCCUUUGUUGACACACUGUCAGCGAGCUCUUAGCUCCUCGUGGACUAGUCUUCUGAGCGAAGGCAAGGCUAAUGUUCCGGAUUUGCGUGGUUUUGAAGGUGGAGAGAAGCUCAUUUCCGAGGGUGAAAUAAAGCUGCUCAUAGAUUUAUCUCGGUCCACGUCGGAUUUGCUUUCAGUGAUCUCUGCUCCUGAGUUAAACACAGGGCUUCCUGUUUUGAAGCACUCAGACAAACUUGUUCACGGUGAAAUGUCUCCUCUCAAGGAUUUUAAUGAACUCAAAUCCAACUCUUUGGUGAGUUUACUAUUGAGUAGCAGAAACUUGGCAGACUCAGUAAUGCAGUUUUCUUUACAAGCAUGCACAUGGAGAGAUGGUAUUACAAACUCCAAUCUCCGUUUGUUUUUCAUUAGCGUUGUUCAUCUAGCUAUAACGACAAACAACGGAGAGCUCAGAGAGUUUGUGGCAAAAGAUUUGUUUCAUGCAAUCAUCAUGAGCUUGACCAUCGAUGAGAAUGUGAACAACAGUUCUGUUUUAGUUGGUUUGUGCAGUGAAAUAUUUGUUUAUCUUUCCCAGAGGAACCCAGCUCCAAGACAGGUGUUGCUGUCACUCCCCUAUCUCAGUCAUGAUGUUCUGCUUGAUUUUGAAAAAGCUUUAGCAGAAACUUAUGAACCCAAAAAACAGAAGCAGAUUACAAGCAACAUGUUGGCAUUAGCUUUGGGAAUUAGCUUAGAUACACAAGCUGAUAAGGGAACUUAAUAUGUCGAUGGUGAGGGUCCUUGAGUCCUGUAUGUUUACGCUUAUGAAGUUACAAACUGAUAAGAUUGUUGUGAUAAUGCAAAUGCCUUGUCUUAUGAAUAAUAUAACUUUGUUACACAUGUUUCUUCUUGUUACCAUAAUAACUACUUUCGAAC